ACUUUUGAUUCAUAUUCUUAUACUGCAUGUAGAUGUGAUUAAUUAUGAGUGAAUAAUCAAUGAGUUGAUGGAAUGAUGAUUUCUACAAUUAUCCUACAAGCUUCAACGUUGUGGUAAUUAAUUCAUCGCUCUUCACUUGAUCAAUUUAACUUAUCUUACACAUUUGAGGAGUGUGAGCACAAGCAGAAUUUGAUUCAACAUGGAAAUGAACUGCUGCAUUUCUUGCUUUUUGAAAUUACAUUUGAUAUUCCAAAGAUGGCAUGGCAGGAGGAGAGGAAGGAAAGCAGCAGUGUUUGCCAAGCCAAAGACAAUUCUGACUUCCAAGCAAUCUCUUCUCCAAACUAUUGAAACAAAGAUGGGUGACCUCAUCGUUGGCCCCGUCGUAGAAGCCACUCUGUCCAAGGUGAUUGCUGUUGCUUCCGAUCAGCUCGAUUUAGCACUGGGAUGGAACGAAAACCUGCAAAAGUUUCGUAGUACGAUGAGGUAUCUCCGAGGUUUGUUGCAAGAUGCUGAUGAAAAGAAUGUCGGUGGCAACCCUGCUCUGAAGUCUUGGCUCUGGGAUCUUCGAGCUAUUGCAGAUGAGGCUAAUGAUAUACUGGAGGAGGUCGCUUAUAAAAAUAUGCAGCGUCAGAUGGCAGUUCAGAAAUCAAAGGUCAGGUACUUCUUUACUCAGUGUGACCCUCGGCCCUUGGUAUUUCGCCAGAAAAUGGCUAAUAAAGUUAAGAAUUUGAAUAAAAACCUUGCUGGUAUCAGUCGCUUGGCUAAUGAUUUGGGACUGCAACAAAAACUUGCAAACAUGGUUCCUGAACCCGGAGGCGGAGCAGGCCGAGAGACCCACUCUUUUCUUUCAUCUCAAGUUUAUGGAAGAGAGGAAGAUGUCUCUAAAAUAGUUAGGUCGUUGGUUGGCUCAAGUAGUCAGCAUGACCUCCCUGUCAUGAUUACAGUGGGUAUGGCAGGUCUAGGCAAAACCACCAUAGCAAAAGCAGUAUUUAAUAAUGAUAAAAUACGAGAACAUUUUGGUGAUAAUAAAAUGUGGGUUUGUGUGUCUGAAAAUUUUGAUGUCAAAAUGAUUUUAAUGGAGAUGUUGAAGUCUUGUGGUGGAAGUAGUAGUGGUGAUGGUGAUUUUAGAAGCAAAGAUAUAGUGAUGAAGAAAAUACAAGAGAAGUUGGGGGGGAAAAAUUAUCUUCUCAUACUAGAUGAUGUCUGGAAUGAGGAGAGACCGAAGUGGGAGGAUUUAAGGGAUUGCUUGUUGGGAAUAAGUGGAAGUAAGGGGAGUAGAGGGAAGGUGCUUGUGACAACCCGGCUUGAAGAUGUUGCAUCAGUAAUGGCACUUACUGAUGAACACAUCCAUCGUCCUCGGCAAUUAAAUGAAGAUGAGUGCUGGAGUAUAAUCAAGCAGAGAGCAUUUGGAGACAAUUCAGUAACUGAGGGGUUAGAGGGAAUUGGAAAACAGAUUGCUAAAAGGUGUAAAGGCAUUCCACUAGUUGCAAGUAUUAUAGGGGCUUUUUUGCAGAAAAAGAGGGACAAAAGGGAGUGGCAGGCAAUUACAGAGAAUUGUGUUUGGGAUUCACUGGAAAAGCAGGGGGGGAUCUUGGAUAUUGUAAGAUUCAGCUAUGAUCGCUUGCCCACACUGGCUUUGAGGCAAUGUUUUGCAUUUUGUUCCAUUUUUCCUAAGGAUUUUGUCAUGGAAAGGGAGAUGCUAAUUCAACUUUGGAUGGCUCAAGGAUUUCUUGAAUCACCUGAAGAAAUUAGUAAUAUGGUAGCGGAAGAUAUUGGUGACAAGUAUUUCAGAUAUUUGUUAUCAUAUUCCCUAUUUCAAGAGGAAUGGAGGGAUGAUGUAACUGGGAGUGUUGAAACUUGUAAGAUGCAUGAUUUGAUUCAUGAUUUUGCUCAGUCAAUUUCAAAAUCUGAGACGCUGAUUGUUGAGGAGCGGCCUGGGAGCAAUAUUUCUCAUGACGUUAGGCAUUUGAAUCUAAUUGAUGGGUGGGGAAUGGAGCCAUCUAUUUUACGAGAUGUUGCUAAAAAGUUGCAGACAUUGUUUUCCAAGCAUAGUUUUUCUAAUGGUGUGCAAGUGGAUCUUGUGAGGUUACGAGUUCUCAGCCUUGAAGAUGCUUGUGAUGCAAAACAAUUGCCGACGUGCUUUGGCAACUUGAAGAGGUUGAGGUACUUGGACAUUUCAGGAACUCAAAUAGAAGAACUGCCCGAAUUCAUCUCCGAGUUGUACAAUCUACAAACAUUUAGAUUCGCGGAAUGCAGAUCUCUUAAAAUGCCCCCAAGAGGAAUAGGAGAUUUAAUCAACUUGAAGCAUAUUUAUUUCAGUGAUGAAGAGCGUAUGCCUGCAAACCUUGGGAGACUAGCCAACCUACAAACAUUGCCAUUGUUUUUUGUAGGUGCAACAGAAGGACGUAAAAUUGAAGAAUUGGGAAGCUUAAGCGAACUCAAAGGAGGACUAGAGAUCCUUAAGCUUGAGCUUGUUACUGGCAAAUCGGAAGCGGAGGCAGCAAAGUUAAAAGAGAAGGCAAUCAAGGAUUUGGAAUUUCAUUGGUCGGGAGGUGAAGGCAAUCAAGAUAAAGAUGAAGAUGUCUUAGAAGGCCUCCAACCCCACUCAAAUAUAAGAAGAUUACAGAUUGCUGGCUAUGGAGGUAGAAAGUUGGCAUCAUGGAUGUUGUCACUCAACAAUUUGGUGGUUCUGACAAUUGACAAUUGCAAGAUGCUUCACAGAAUUCCAGAUAUUAGUGGGCUUUUAUCUCUUCAGCGGCUCCAUGUUCACGGUUGUGAUGAAGUAACUAGUUUGGGUGAUGGUGAUGGAGCAUUUACGUCUCUCAAACAAUUAUCCAUAUACAGUUGUGGUAAGUUAGAGAGAGUUUUGGUUAGUGGAUUAUCAUCUCUGAAGAAACUCAGCAUUGUAGAUUGUAGUGUGAUAAAUAGCAUAGGAGAUUGCCUAUCAAGCUCCACGUGUCUCAAAAAAUUAUGUCUGCUAAGUGUUCCUAAAUUGAAGUUUAUUCCAAGUCUAGAAGGACUUGUCUCUCUCAAAACAAUAGAUAUUAGAGAUUGUAAUGAAUUAGGGCAUCUGAAUCUAGAAGGACUUGUCUCUCUCAAAACAAUAGAUAUUAGAGAUUGUAAUGAAUUAGGGCAUCUGAAUCUAGAAGGACUUGUCUCUCUCAAAACAAUAGAUAUUAUAGAUUGUAAUGAAUUAGAGCGUCUAUCGGGUGGGCUCUCAUCUUGCACUGCUCUGGAGAAAUUGAAGAUAAGGAAAUGCUCUAAUUUGGUUUCUAUUCCUAUAGAAUUGAAACAGUUGCAGUCUCUUGUUGAGUUGGAAUUUUGGGUUUGUCCCAAAUUGGAGUUUAUUCCAAGUCUAGAAGGACUUGUCUCUCUCAAAACACUAAAUAUUUCCUAUUGUGAAGAAUUAGAGCGUCUACCGAGUGGGCUCUCAUCUUGCACUGCUCUGGAGAAAUUGCAGAUACAUGGAUGCUCUAAUUUGGUUUCUAUUCCUGAAGAAUUGAAACAGUUGCAGUCUCUUGUUGAGUUGGAUAUUGAGGGAUGUCAAAAAUUGAGGAGGUUCCCAGAAGAGAUCUUGGGCUCUCUUACCAGCCUGAAGAAAUUAAAGCUUGGCCCUUUCUCAGAAGAGCUGGAGGAAUUCCCAGAUUUGGGUCCCACUUCCUCCCUUGAAGUCUUGUAUUUGGAAGGAUCGGGGGAAUCGCUAACUCUGCCACAUCAAAUUGAUCGCCUCACUAGUCCUAGGAACUUAUUUAUCAAAAGCUUCAACGGAGUGGAAAAAGCUUUAUUGGGAAACCUUUCUUGUCUUAAAAAACUUUCAAUUUGGGAUUGCACUCGGUUAACGUCUCUAUCAGGUGGGCUAUCAUCUGUUGAGGAGCUGUGGAUAGUAAAUUGCCCUAAUCUGGAGAGUCUCGGCUGCUUUACUAGGUUGAAGAAAUUAGAGAUCGGCCGUUUCUCAAAAGAGCUAGAAGAAUUCCCAAGUCUGAGUUCCAUCCACGCCUCCCUUGAAGAUUUGACCCUGACGGGAUGGGAAAAACUAACUCACCUCCCACAAAUUCAACACUUGACUGCUCUAAAGAAGUUGAGUAUAGAGCACUUCAGUGGAAUGGAAUCUUUGCCAGACUGGUUUAACAACUUGUCCUCCCUUCAACAACUUCGUAUUUGGUUCUGCCCAAACAAGUUAAAGGAAAGAUGCACCAAGGGAAGCGGUCUUGACUGGGACAAGAUUUCUCACAUUCCACACAUCACAAUAGCUGGGGAGACCAUCCAAUUCCAAUCCGAAGACUGAGGCAAAGAGCAGCGCGAGUUUGAUUCCAGUAUGUUGUCUCUUGUUUGUGCAUAGCUGUCUUUUUUCAAAUUAUCACUACCCUUGGUCCUUCAAAAGAGGGAUCCCAAUGUAGCUUUGCAGGCACCAACCAAACUAUUUUGCAUCUUGUAUUCAAGCUUCUGAAGAACCUGAGGUUUCAGUCAUAAAAAAAGAAUCUGAGAUUUUCUUUGUACCGUCUGGUUGUUCGUUUGGUUCCCAUAAUCAUAUGGAAUCUUUUUAACUUGUUUUACAGAUAAACGGGUGGAUGGCAACAAUUAGGGUGCUGCUAAAAUUGCUAACAGUGGCAUCUUUGUUCAAUGUUAUGCUACCGACUCACACAAACCACAAGUAGAAAGGAUUACAAGGACGCAAAUCACUUCUUGUCAUGUGCUUUUCCAGUCGUAGUCAUGAACACCUGUCUCCUAUUGUCUUGUCCACAACUGAUGGAAAUACUAGUGUUUUGGAUAUUGAUUCAUAGAUAGCAUGAAAUUCAGGUGUUAAUUUUCAUGCUUUCUAAUAGACAAAUCCAAUAAAUUUUUGUUGCAACACUUGCAUUAUAAUUCAACUCUGGCAACACGAGACAAAUGAUACUCUAGUCCAUAGUCAAACUUAGAUAGAUUUUGUUGUAAACAACAUUGAAGCUACUUCUAUGCUUCUUUGUGUCUUAAGAUUUGCUCAAAAGAACCUUCAUGAUUGCUGUUCGCUGAUCCCCAUACAAUAAACCACACAUAUGAUUGUUUUCGAAUGAAGUAUUGUUGCAAAGAAAAGCAAAAGGCCUGCUUAAGGAGUUUAUUUCCAACAGUCAAUUAUAGCACAUAGCUCCAAAAUUUUUUGAAAAACAUUUUGCAUAUCAGAUUAUUUUUCAAAUGAAGAUUGAAUCAACAU